ACCUUCCCAGCUCAAAAGCCACGAAUCAAAUUCCCUCCUAAGCCCUCGCUAAUCCCCCACCAGAACCCAACUACAACAAAGAAGUUAUCACUUUUGAGCUUCUUCGAUUGCCUCCCUUCAUCUGUGAAUUUGUCUGCUGAAAAUCAUGCCUGACGUGCAUGCUCUCGUGAACGACUUUCUAAUCAAGCUCAAAAGACGUAAAAUUGAAGGCUCAAAGGCCACGGCGAAGGUAACCGCGGAAGUGCUGAGGUCAUUCAUUUCGCAGCAAAGGCUUCCCAAUACAAACCAGGCCGGAGCACUAAUUGACGCUGUUAAAGCUGUUGGAGAGCAGCUAAUAGCUGCUAAUCCUGUUGAGCUUGCUGUUGGUAAUGUUGUAAGGCGUGUUUUACAUAUCAUUAGAGAGGAGGAUCUCUCUCUCACUGCAGCUGCAAUUGGCGGGCUGAGUCUGUCUGCUGGAAGUGACGAUGAAGAUGAUGUUGGGCAUGAUGAACAUCCCGCUUUAUCAGCAGCAGCUGUUGCUGCUGCUGCCAGAAGCACUUUGAGGCCUCCCUCCUUGCAAACGCUUCUUGAGGAUGUACCACAUACAGCAGCUGUUCCUCAUACAUCUUCUUCAGGAGGCGAUUCUGAGGGAAAAAGCAAAUCUGCUGAUAAGAAUUCAAGCACAAAAAGGCUAAAGCAUAAUGUCAUUGAGGCAGUUAAUGAACUGAUUCAAGACAUAGUCACUUGCCAUGAACAGAUUGCCGAGCAAGCUGUGGAGCAUAUACAUCAAAAUGAGGUAAUAUUGACUUUGGGCAGUUCAAGGACGGUAGUGGAAUUUCUGUGCGCUGCAAAAGAGAAAAAGAGAUCAUUUCGUGUAUUUGUUGCAGAGGGUGCUCCGAGAUAUCAGGGACAUACCCUCGCAAAAGAGCUGGUUACAAGGGGGCUUCAAACCACAGUAAUUACUGAUUCUGCUGUCUUUGCAAUGAUUUCCCGUGUGAAUAUGGUUAUUGUUGGAGCUCAUGCUGUGAUGGCUAAUGGUGGGGUUAUAGCACCUGUUGGAUUGAAUAUGGUGGCUUUAGCAGCUCAAAGGCAUGCAGUCCCUUUCGUUGUACUUGCAGGAAUUCAUAAGCUGUGCCCUCUCUAUCCUCACAAUCCAGAGGUCUUACUGAAUGAAUUGAGGUCCCCAUCCGAGCUCUUGGACUUUGGGGAAUUUUCUGAUUGCCUAGAUUUUGGAAGUGGCUCUGGUUCUCCUAUCCUGCAUGUUGUGAAUCCUGCAUUUGAUUAUGUGCCUCCAAAUCUUGUUAGCCUAUUUAUUACUGAUACCGGGGGACAUAAUCCUUCAUAUAUGUACCGACUUAUUGCUGAUUAUUAUUCUGCUAAUGAUUUGGUUUUACAACGGAGAUCAGCUUCUUGAUAUUAUAUUGGCCACCUCUGUUUCUACACAUUAUUAGUUUCUUGGGUUUUAGGUAGUUCCAUCAUAUGAUGAAGUUGUGUUCAAUUAACGAGAAUACACAGCAGUAGGAUGCCACAAAAAUGAAUGAAACAAAAAAUGCAGGUAUGCAACAAGGAUAGGUGCGGAGUUCUAAUGAGUCCCGAGGGGCAAAUUUUCUGCGGACAGACAAAAUGAAGGUAAAAGAAUGCGUGUGACUUUGAUGAAAUGAUGCAUUCUUUUUGUGACAACCAUAAGGGGGUGCAGUUUUGACCGGUUUGGGAGUUGUAUGCGGUAUGCCAUUGGACUUCUAAGAAAUUUUUAUGUUGUAUUUUACUAGAAGUUUGUCUGCAAAAUUGAACUUUCUUCAAGGACAAUUGCUGUGAAAUUUUGGAAUUGCAUGCUUUUAUUUAAGCAAAGAAAAGAUCAUUUGGGGUGGUGCAGCAGACUUCAAAGAUUUAAAGCUACUUGUUAAAAGAAAUCUUUCAGUAACUGUUCGCAAUUUGGUUUAA